GCACCAAUUAAAUAAAUCUAUCCACAAUAAUAUGUAGCACUUGAUUCCACAUAAUAAAGAAAUUGAGUCAACGGUAUAAUAUGUGUAGCGUUUUUCGUCUGAAUGAGCCAUAAGGGCAAAUUAGAUCAUCCAGCGUAAAUCGGGCGCCACCCUAUUUUCUUGUUAAAUUGAUUAGAUUUAUAGUUUAAUUGGUUAAAACUUGAACAAACUUCAUCUUUACAAGUUGCUAAUAAAAAAUUAUAAGUUGUUGAUUAGCACAACCAAAUUCCUUCACCUAAACAAGGAACAAUGACUACACAAUAUAAUACGGAGUACUUCACAAUGGAAUUUAAUUAAUUAAUUUAGGCUAAAUCAAAGUCAUAAAUCCAAUAAAAGGAGGUAAUCUAGUUGAUAAGUCAUCUAAAAAGCAAUAUUUUUCUAACCAAAUUAAGUAUCCACUAAUUAUGCCACUUGUCACCAAUUAUUGGUGCCCCAAUUUAAAUUUCAAUGGUAGCAAAAAUCCACUUUCAUGUGAUCACUGCACCAGGAAUUUCCGUGCACUGGGGUUGUCUGUCUUGUGUUUAAGGUGCUAGAAGUUGCUCUAAUGGCAGAUGAAGUUGUAUCAAGGUCUUAUUGCUGUUUCGUAUGUCGAAAUUACGUUGCUGAGCAUGAUGACAUAGUCUCUAAAUCUUUCCAGGCACAUACAGGGAGGGCCUAUUUGUUCUCCCAUGCAGUGAAUAUAGUUACAGGGCCAAAGGAAGACAGACAUCUCCUCACAGGCCUUCACACAGUUGCUGAUGUUUCGUGCUCCGACUGCGGCGAGACGCUUGGCUGGAAGUAUCUCAAAGCUUAUGAGCCAUCACAGAAAUACAAGGAAGGCAAAGUUGUGCUUGAAAAAUACAAGAUUGUUAAGGAUUUCUGCUAGUCUAAUAAAAAGUGUGUUACUUUUGUCAUGUGUAAAUAAUGUGUUAAACUGUUAACAUUAUGCAUUAAUCCAUAUUUGUUUGAUGUGGUACAAA